AUGGUAAAUUUGAUGUUAGACAAGCGAGACACAGGAAAUACCUCGUCUACAAGCAUUGACACGGGUGAUGUGUCUGUCAGAGUAGUCAAAGCCAAAGGUCGUGAUGUACCAAUCGAGUACACCGCCCGAGAUGCUGGAUUUGCUCUUCCAUUCUUUGAAACAUUUCAAGAUAAAAAGAGAAAGAAAAAUGUAUCUAUAAAUGUUCUAGCCUACAAAGAAAGUCCAUACCUACAUGUUGAUAACCCGGGAGUUGUAGGAUCGUCCGUUAUUAAACUCCACGUGCUCGACAAGAAAGGUAAAGAAGAGAAAGACAUAGAAGACAAAGAUGAUCCUAUUGAUGUAUAUGUGAAUACGAACAAAUUAGACGAAGAAGGAUACUUUGAAGAUAUGACAGAAUCUCUGGCAGACUCUGGUGUGUAUAUAAGUUAUGUUGACACCAACGAAACAGCAGAAGGAUUUAUGAUGGAAAUAAAACUAACUUCGUUGAAAAUCUGUGAUAUAUAUUGUAAAUAUGAAAGCUAUCCAGAUGCAGAUAACUACGAAAUAUAUGUGCAGACUAAAGGAAAAAGUCGAAUUAAGUACAGAGAUCCACUUGACCUCAGAGUGACCUUUCAAAAACAGAUACUAAAGAUAACUGUAGCACCGAAAAAAGAUGGAAAUAUGCAGCCUUUAGUUGUCACUGCUAGCUGCGAAGAUGACAGAGCGGACAGCGAUAGUGGUGGCGGACGACGUAAACGUGCAACUGGGUUAUCAUUAGUUAAACAUCAAUUUAGAACGGGAAUUUUAAACGUUCGGACACUAGAGGACGGAUCUGGAAAUUGGACAUCAAAUGACCGGUUAAAGCCUUUGGAAAAUAUUCGGGAGGAAGAUUGA